AGUACUCAUCUUUGCAUGUUGAUAAAAAUUCAAAAUCUUAUUGUCGCGCGAAUUUGCGCUUCGAUCUGAUGAACAUUGAUUCAGAGGGUAUUCCACAUUCUAUGGAACCUGAAGCACCUUUAAAUGAAACCCACCAAAGUGCCUCUGAAAUUGAAAUGCCCAUCAAGAAGGGGAGAGCAACAACAAAACAUGUAGCCAACAUUGCUUUAUCCGAUAUUGUUAAGUACUUCAAUCUGCCUAUCGUCGAAGCUUCGAGAAAUUUGAAGAUCGGGCUCACCGUGCUGAAGAGAAAAUGCAGAGAAUUCGGAAUACCUCGCUGGCCUCACCGGAAAAUUAAGUCUCUCGACUCUCUCAUACAUGAUCUCCAGGAGGAGGUUCAUCAGCAGGAGAAAGAAAACAAAGUUGCUGCUGUAAAAGCAGUUACUAAGCGGCAACGGAUGCUCGAAAGCGAAAAAGAAGCUAUUGAGAAGAGCCCUUUCAUGGAGUUAGAGAGGGAAACCAAAAGGUUCAGGCAAGAUGUUUUCAAAAGAAGACACAGAGCGAAAGAUCUAAAGAAGAAAUGCCCAUGAACUAUGAUGCGCAAAGGAGAAGAGAAAAUUUGUACU